AUGAGCCGGCUUUAUCUCGCGAUCGUCGUUCCUUUGGUGUUUCGCGAUCGCUUCGUUCGUUCUUUGCCGUCGUUUCGCGCGUUUUCCAUCGUUCCCUUCGUUAUCCAACUAUCAUUUGGUGAUCAAGCGUCUUUUCACGUUCUCUUCGUGCCCUUUUCGCCAUCGCAUCGCGUUCUUUGCCUUGGGUCUCGCGAUAUGCCUCCUAGGGAGGUUCGUGUUUUGCGGGGGCGGCCUGUUAAGGCGCGCUACCUCUUCUGUAUGCACUUCCUGCGCACUGUGAACGGCAAUUUCGAUGCGGCGGACGGUGUGCCUUAUGAUGUUGGCUGA